AUGAUAUUUAGAUAUAAUACUACUAGUAAUACUGUUACGAAAUCACCACGACCAAAAGUAGAUCUAUUACAAAAUUUGAAUAAAUUACCAUCGAAAACAGUAUCACAUUUUUGUCGUUCUGAUCAAGUAAAUCAAAGAGCACAAGUUUAUAAUCAGACAGAAUCAAUAAUCAUGAUGACAGAUGGAUUAACAUCUAUUCAAUAUAAAAUACCGACGGCUGAACAAACGAUGCGGCACAAACGUUUCAAUAAAAUUGCGCCUUUUCAUACACAUAUGCCUACACCAAAACGUCAAAUUCAUUCAAACAGUUUUAGUAAAAAUUAA